UAUUAUACCACUAUACAAUUCCAAGGUGUAUUGAAUAAAUCUCACUUUUUUUUUAUUUAAUUUUUAUUAUUUUUCAUAAUGAACUGAAAAAAUAUUUCUUAAAGUUAGUUUUUUUUUUAAUAAAAAAAUUAUUAAGAAUGUAUAAAUUGUUUAUUCAAUUUAUGUUUUCACCGAAAUUAUAUAAAAUAAAUACUGGACUUCGUAAGGAUGAGGAUUAUAUUCAAUUAUGGCAGGAAAAAUUUGCCGAUAGAGUGUUAUUUACUUCUUAUGUAAUAACGCGAGUAGUAACUUACUUAUCACCAAUAAUAUUUUACUAUUAUGGAAAAUCACUGUUUAGCCUUGAUUUAAUUAACAAAAUUAUAUUUCGUGGAUCAGUUCUGAGUGUAACAUUGAUUACAUCUUUAUUAUUAAGAAGUUAUGGACGCUCAAUGAAUCCAAAAUACCAGACUUUUUACCGAGAUUUAAGUUGUGCCCAGUUAGAAUAUUCAAAUGCUAAUCAAAAAAAAUUGCACAAUUAUGAUUUUGAUUUUUCAGCUUGGCCGGUAGACUUUUCAUGGAGUAAAGCUGAUGAAGACAACUAUAACUCUAAUUUAAAACGACGUAGUAUGGUACUAUUAGUUAAUUUAUUGAAAAGUCCAAGUAGUUUAAUUGGGUUUAUAGCUUUGCACACUUUUGGUAUAAUGUUAAUAUAUCCAGGGUCAACUUCAUUAUUAUUUUAUUUAAUGAAAGAUGCAUUACAAAAAGGAAGAAGAACAUUAAUUUCAAGAUUUAAUGGAAUUAGAUAUAAAUUAAAAACAAUUGAUGGAAAUUUUUUGGAUUCAAUAUUCAUUGAUAAUAGAAAUAAAAAUACAAUAUCAGGUAGAUCAAAAUUAAUCAUAUGUUCUGAAGGAAAUGCCGGAUUUUAUGAAGCUGGAAUUUUGAGCUCUGCAAUUGAUACACAGCAUUCUGUUUUAGGAUGGAAUCACCCUGGAUUCGGGUACAGUACUGGUGUUCCAUAUAUUGAGCAAGAACAAAAUGCAGCAGAAACUGUAAUUGAAUUUGCUAUAAAAAAAUUGAAUUUCAGGCCUGAGGACAUAAUAUUAUAUGGAUGGAGUAUUGGUGGGUUCGCAUCAACUUAUUUAGCAAAAAAAUUCCCAGAUGUUCAUGCAGUGAUACUUGAUGCUACUUUUGAUGAUCUUGUACCUUUAGCUGUCCCUCGAAUGCCUAGUUUUGCAGAAAAUUUAGUUGUUUCAACUGUAAGAGAAUUUACAAAUUUGCAUGUUGCUGCAAAUUUGUUAAAAUAUCCAGGCCCUGUUCUACUUAUAAGAAGAUCAGGCGAUGAAAUAAUUGCAUUAGACCCACAAAAUAUUGCAACUAAUAGAGCAAAUAAUUUAUUGGAAUCAUUUCUUGAGUACAGAUACCCAAAACUAUUUACUGAUGAAACUCGAACAGCAUUGUGGGAAUGGAUGUCAAAAGCAGAUGAUCAACAAAAACAAGUUCUUAUACAACAUAACGUUGAUAUAAACGAACAAGCUAAAAAGUACCCAACACCAGAUAAUAAUUAUCCUUCAAAUCUUGGAAGUGAAUUGGACGAUAAUCAAAAAACUAAAAUGCUCAUUUAUUUGGCGGAUCAUCAUAUGAAGGAUUACAACUCUACACAUUGUACUCCAUUACCAUCAAGAUAUUUAAAUUUUAUAAUAUAAGUAUUUCAGAUAAAUAAUUGUAUAGUCUAAGUACGUAUUUAUAAUUUUGAUUAUUGAGUAAAAAGAAAUAAGCAUUUUUUUUGUAAAUUUUUUGUUUUAUGCAUUUUGUUUUGUAAAAAAUUACUGGUUAUUUUUUGAUAUUAUGACUGAUUAUAAAUAUUAAAUAAUACUAAUAUUUUAUCCUCACGUGGAAUAACUUUAAUAAAAUUUUGGUGACAUUGUGAGUCAAUUUUUCAUUCUGAUAAUUGAUUUUAUUAUAUUACUCAAAAAAAAAAAUCAUGUUAUAAUUUUCGAUCUAAGUUAAAUAUUUAUAAUCACAAUUUGUUCUGACCCAGGGCCCCCAAACUGAUAUUUUUUUAUCAAGUAUUAAUAAAAUACGUAUGGAAAUAAAUUAGUGUGAGAACAACAAUUA